AUGAACCACCUCCGGUACAACGCGAAGGAUGGCAAUGCCCAGAGCGACUACGGGAAGAAGCGCAGCAUCCCCCUUGCAAUUUUCAAGCAACUCGGCGAGCAGAAGCGGAAGGAGUUCUACGACGCGUUCAUGACCGAGAAGGAGAAGGGCGAGAAAGACGCCAAGAAGCUGAAGGGCCUGGCGCAUUCCUUCACAGCCGUGCAUGAGUCCUCGAAAAAGGAGUCGACAAACAGCAGACAGAAAUGGGUCAUAGUCACGCAGCUGAUGCAGGAAUUCGGGGUCAACCUGGGGAACUUUCCCACCGUGUCGGCGGGGCGCGAUGGGGCUCGCAACAAGUGGCGCAAGAACGCCGAGAAGCACAAGACGGCAGGAUCCCACCCGCCCCAGAUCGACGCGGAAGAAAUCAUCGAUUCAUUAUAUUCUUACGUAUUCGACGAUGGUCUGCAGACCGCAGCCGAGGAGGGGACGGGAGAGCAAUGGGCCUCAUACAAAGACUAUGGGAAGACAAGCAAGGGCGCGCUGGAGGACAUGGCUCGGGGAUCCGCGUCUGCGGGGCAGGGGGGCGGCGACGCAGAAUUCGCCCUGCAGAGGCAGCAGAAGGACAUGAAGGAGUUGAUGCUGAGUUUCGAUGCCAAGGCGAAGAGUGACGAUGAUGCCAAGUGGCGCACCAACGGCGACGAGAUCAGGCCCGCGCGCAAAGCGCUGAGCGACUUCCCGGACGCUGCAGAGCACCUGCUGGUCGAGGCGGCAUGCAUCCCCGAGGGCGAGCCCGACGACGAGGUGAUGAGGGAGACGAGGCAUGCGUUGUCAGACCACGUCGCGCUCGCGGAGAAGCACUUGGAGGGCGGCAAGAUCAGCGUGAAGCGUUGGAAGGGCGCGAAGUGA